CAAGUCCCAUUUCAUCCACUGAACUAACUAUUAUCAUCAAAAAUUUUUGAGUAUUCCGAGCAAAAAAUAAAAUUGUUUAAAUAUUAAUUUAGAUCACGGUAUAUUCCCUUUCUAUGUUUUCUUCUAGCUUAAAUUGAAGAUGCGUCGUGAAAAAAAUUUGUAUGAACAAACAUUAAUAGAUACUCUAAACUGGUUAUAUUUCUUGUAUUAUACUUUAGUUUUUCUUUGGAUUCAUCUUGUCAGUUUCAUUCAUUUCCUUCCUAUAAUAUCAUUUUUACGGUUGAUAUUAUUUUUCUUCCUUUUGCUAUCGUUAAGUUGAAUUCGUUGCGAGAAUUUUGUAAAAUAUUUUCUGUGAAAAACUCUGAUAAAUGAUCAUUUUUCUAAUUUAUAUUCCA